AGAUGGAUGUUGCUCAGCUCCUGGACCUCGAAAUCCAAGCGAGAAGGGCCUUCAUUGACUCUGAUGUUACAAAGGAGCAGGACAGGCCUUCCAAGAUUCUUAAAGCUUAUCCUUGCUUUGGAGAACUGGAUCAUCUAAUGGAUGAACUACGGCGGGUCCUCAAUCAAGGCAACUCCCACUUCUUAACGGAACUUAAGACCCGGUGGGGGACCUUUUGUGAGAGGGCACAGUUUUAUGGAGUUUUCAAAAAGCUCAUGAGGCCUCCGCAGCUUGACAAAGUAAAGCACUCAAUUGCCAUGAUGAAGGCUUUACCAGAGAUGUUCCCAUCACCUAUGGCCCCACCCAAGAAGUUAAGGCACGCAAGUGAAGCUCUGCUCCACGUCCUUGAGUCUGCAGAAGACCCAAACACCUUUCUUCAGACACGACCACUUUCCAGCCCUGUUGUCAUCAUCUGCGAAACCAACUGUAUACUGGCCAUUGGAACCAUGCCCGUGCUCAUCUUCCCAAAAGAGGACAUUCAUGAAAGCGUGAUGUAUCUCAUGGCAUGUUAUUACACCUUUCACCUCACCUAUCCUAAGUGCAUUGCAACACUCCUGUCUGUGGUGCAGACAGAAGUCCUCUUGGACGCCAUUCACGACCAUGACAUGACUACUUCAUACAAAAGGCUAUGGCCCGACUGGAAAAAGUUCAUAAGUGAUUAG